AUGCAGCAUGAUCUCCCGAAGAAAGAACGAGAUCCCGGGGGCUUCGUGAUUCAGAUAGCCCUUGGAAACGGAAAAGAGGCUUCGGGAAUGCUAGACUUGGGAGCAGGAAUCAAUCUCAUGCCCUUCUCCAUCUUUCAGCGACUUGGCCUGGGGGACUUGAGGCCAACCCGGAUGUGCCUCCAGCUAGCAGACCGUUCAAUCCGGUACCCUAAAGGAGUAGUGGAAGAUGUCCUUGUCCGUGUUGGGAGACUCAUUGUCCCAGUGGAUUUCGUCGUCCUAGACGUCGGGGAUGUACAGGAGAAUGGGAAGGAUCACACCAUCCUUCUCGGCAGACCAUUCAUGGCUACCACAAACACCCUCAUUGAUGUGAAGAAUGGGACCCUGAACAUGACCGUCUUGGGCGAGUCCGUUUCUAUUUCAGUCCGAGAGGCCACAUCUGCAUCUUCAGUGAACUUUGUGGAGGAGUGCGCCUUUGUUGAUGUUAGUGACCCAUGUGUGCAAGAGGUUACUAUACGUGACUAUGAAGAGAGGACAAUGCCUGAUCUGGAUGAUGAAGAAGAGCCAACCAUUGAGCUCUUUGCCGUUGACGAGCCCCACACACCGACUCCACCCACUCUAGAGCUCAAGGAACUGCCCCGCCACCUCAAAUAUGUCUUCCUUGAUGACGAAAAGCAAAAGCCGGUUAUCAUUUUUACCGAGCUUAAUGGUGACGAGGAGAAGGAGUUGAUUGAUGUACUCAGGAAGAAUCAAAAGGCGAUUGGAUGGAGCCUUGGGGACAUUAAGGGAAUCAGCCCCUCCACAUGCAUGCACAGGAUCAUCCUAGAAGAGGGUGUCAAGCCAUUUCGAGACAGCCAGCGGAGACUCAACCCGAACAUGAUGGAGGUGGUGAAGAAAGAGGUGUUGAAACUCUAUUCCGAGGGACUCAUUUAUCCAGUAGCAGACAGUGAGUGGGUCAGCCCGAUCCAUGUGGUGCCGAAGAAAGGUGGUAUUACAGUGAUAGAGAAUGAGAAAAAAGAGAUGACUAUCGGCGCCUCAAUGCCGUAA